GUCUCGCCAAAAUGUCCUCUCUCCGCUUCCUGUCAGCUGCUCGCCGUCUGCCGCGCUCUGCAGCUCCCUGGGGCCGUCGUGGCUACGCGGAGGCUGCGAGCGACAAGAUUAAGCUCUCGCUGGUGCUUCCCCACCAGGCCAUCUUCACGUCCGCCGAUGUAGUGCAGGUCAACAUCGCCGCUGCGACCGGAGACAUGGGCAUUCUUGCCAACCACGUUCCAUCCAUUGAGCCGUUGCGUCCGGGUGUGCUGGAGGUUCUCGAGGGUGCUGGCUCGAAGAAGUGGUUCGUCUCUGGCGGCUUUGCGACCGUUCACCCGGGCAACAAGCUCACCAUCAACGCCAUUGAGGCUGCCCCGCUUGAGGACUUCUCUCCUGAGGCCAUCAAGGCCAACCUUGCCGAGGCGCAGAAGGUUGCGGCUGGCAACGGGUCCGAGGAGGACAAGCUGGAGGCCAGGAUAGAGGCGGAUGUGUACGAAGCUCUCCAGCACGCUGUCUCCGCGUGAUUGACGCGCUUUAACUUGUACUCUGUCUGCAGUUGCAUCAUCCUCGUAGACAAUGGAUCCAUCUUGCACGCAU